AUGAGUGUAAGCCAGACUCCUGUGGACCCCUUGCUCAGUGUACAGCUGAGGGAGGCUGUAUCUGUGUUCCUGGACAUUGAUGAGUGCGUGGAGACGCCAGACAUUUGUGGUCCUUACUCCACUUGUAAUAACACCAUUGGAGCAUACUUCUGUACCUGUUUGGAGGGAUACAACGCAACAGAUCCAGCAUUACCACCUGGAAAGUCCAACCAGUGCAUAGAUAUUGAUGAAUGUCUUGACAAUGUCUGUGGUCAUAAUGGGACCUGCGUGAACAACCAAGGAAGUUUUGUGUGCAAAUGCCAUACGGGCUACCAUGUUGUACUGGAUGCAACUCCUCUCUGCCAAGAUAUUGAUGAGUGUUUCAACUCAACUGUCUGUGGUCCUGAUUCUGUGUGCACCAACACCCAUGGAGCUCAUACCUGUGAAUGUCAACUGGGUUACACACCAGAAACUCAUCCAGAUGAGGAGCCCAGCGAGACCAACAUCUGUAUCGAUGUCGAUGAGUGUGUCGAAGAUGCGACUGUCUGUGGGCCUGAUUCCAACUGCACAAAUUCAAUUGGAUCUUACAUUUGCACCUGCUUUGCUGGUUUUCGGAUAAACAAACCAGAUGUGAUAGCCAGCGUUGCUAACCCAUGCACAGAUAUAAAUGAGUGCAGUGAGACACAGGGUAUAUGUGAUUUGAGCCUAAAGACCAUUGGUCCAGGUAGUGAUGACGACUACAGUGCCCCCCUUACUGCCAAAGGACAGACUAUGGAAAUCAACCUGCGAGCUCUAGCCAGCGCCAACAAUGGUUCUGCAGCAGCUGCCUUCCUAACUCUGAAUGGGAUGGAGAGUCUUCUUAGUCAUCAGUACUUUAAAACAGAGAACAAGACUGAGAUGAACUCAGAUGUUUUUACUGCAGUCUUACCGACAUUAAACAACACCAACCUCACCGAGCCUGUCAACUUUACCAUCCAGCAUAAGAAGCCUCCACCAGAGAAUCCUUUCCUAGAGUGGCUAAACCGAAUGUGUGUGAUUGUCGGGUUAUUCUUCUUUGCUUUGGCCAUCCUCACCUUCCUCCUGUGUAGCUGGAACCCCAAGAUCAACAACACAGCCCGUCUUCACAUGUGCCUUAAUCUCUCCUUAUCUCAUCUACUGCUGCUGUGGAAUGACAGAUAUGUUGAAGAAGAGCUGGCCUGCACUGUCAUGGCAGGCCUUCUCCACUUCUUAGUUGUUGCAAGUUUUGUGUGGAUGCUGCUGGAGGCACUACAGCUUCACCUGUUGGUCCGAAGGCUCUCCAAGGUGCAGGUCAUCCAGAGAGACGGCCUCCCCAGGCCUCUUCUUUACCUGAUUGGCUAUGGCGUUCCGUUUGUGAUUGUGGGUGCUUCUGCACUGGUGUAUUCUGAUGGAUAUGGUGCCACUGAGGCAGAGGUGUGCUGGCUCUCUAGAAAACGCAGUUUCAACUGGGCUUUAACAGGCCCAGUGAUUGCUGUCCUUGGACUUAAUUGGAUUUUGUUCUGUGCAACUCUAUGGAGUCUGAGACCCACCUUGGCCAACAUGAAAAGUGAUGUUUCUCAAUCCAAAGACACCAGGUUGAUUGUGUUCAAGAUUGUAGCCCAGUUUGUCAUACUGGGCUGUACCUGGAUACUGGGCCUCUAUCAGUCGAACCUUUUCUUCCAGGUCCUAUUCAUUUUACUCAACUCUCAGCAAGGCACCUUCCUUUUCAUCGUCCACUGUGUGCUCAAUAAGGAGGUGCGAGAGGAGUACAUUAAAUGGCUGACAUGCUCUUUUGGGAAAGACACAACCGUGGUGAGCCCCUGA